AUGCAGAUGCACUGCCGUUUUCUCCUUGGGACAAGACAGACGAUAUUGGAGACAAAAGACGGAGGAAACACCUGGUUCCCUCGUUCUAUUCCUUCCGCGGAGGAUGAAGAUUUCAACUACAGGUUCAAUUCAGUAAGCUUCCAGGGCAAAGAAGGAUGGAUUAUUGGGAAGCCUGCAAUUUUGUUGCACACUUCAGAUGCUGGAGAGAGCUGGGAAAGAAUACCUUUGAGUGCCCAACUUCCUGGGAACAUGGUUUACAUAAAAGCUACCGGCGAGCAGAGCGCGGAGAUGGUUACAGAUGAGGGAGCAAUCUAUGUUACUUCCAACCGUGGCUACAACUGGAAGGCUGCCGUGCAAGAGACUGUUUCGGCUACUCUCAACAGAACAGUUUCAAGUGGCAUUAGCGGUGCAAGUUACUACACUGGGACUUUCAACACGGUGAACCGCUCACCUGAUGGCCGCUACGUUGCUGUAUCCAGCCGAGGGAACUUCUAUUUGACCUGGGAGCCUGGGCAGCCAUAUUGGCAACCACACAACAGGGCGGUGGCACGGAGAAUUCAGAAUAUGGGAUGGAGAGCAGAUGGUGGGCUUUGGCUUCUGGUGCGCGGCGGUGGACUCUUCCUCAGCAAAGGAACUGGGAUAACUGAGGACUUUGAGGAGGUGCAAGUGCAGAGUCGCGGGUUUGGGAUUCUUGACGUCGGCUAUCGCUCACAGGAUGAGGCGUGGGCAGCUGGCGGGAGCGGUGUGUUGCUCAAGACAAGGAACGGAGGGAAGAGCUGGGUGCGCGACAAGGCUGCAGAUAACAUCCCCGGGAAUCUCUACUCGGUCAAAUUCCUUGAUGACAGCAAAGGAUUCGUGCUCGGGAACGACGGCGUCUUGCUUCGAUUCGUUGGCUAG